AUGUGGCAGAGGAAUGAGACCUCUCUGGCUGACUUCCUCCUUGAAGGGCUCUUUAAUGACUCCCUCAUCCAUGUCUUUCUCUUCUCCUUAACCAUGGUGGUCUUCCUUGUGGCAGUGAGUGGCAACUCCCUCACCAUUCUCCUCAUCUGUGCUGACUCCAGGCUUCACACACCCAUGUACUUUCUCCUCAGCCAGCUCUCCCUCAUAGAUCUGAUGUAUGUCAUUACCACUAUCCCCAAGAUGGCCGCCAACUACCUGUCUGGUAGGAAGUCCAUCUCCUUUGUGGGCUGUGCAACCCAGCUCUUCUUGUAUAUGUUACUGGCUGGUGCUGAGUGUGUUCUCUUAACCCUGAUGUCCUACGACCGCUAUGUGGCCAUCUGCAACCCACUGCGCUACACCAUUCUCAUGAACAGAAGAGUGACACUCAUGAUGGCUGUGAUGUCAUGGUUGGGAGGAUUCACAAAUUCCUUCCUUCACACAGUGAUCUUGAUGCACUCCCCUUUCUGUGGGUCUCGAAAAAUCCACCAUUUCUACUGUGAGUUUCCAGCUGUUCUGAAUUUGGUGUGUGGAGAUAUCACUGUCUAUGAGAAGGCAGUCUAUGUUAGUGGCAUCAUUCUUGUCCUUGCUCCCAUCCUGCUGGUCUCUACAUCCUAUGCCUUCAUCCUCCACAGUGUCAUUCAGAUGCAAUCUGCUGGGAGUAAGAGAAAUGCCUUUGCCACUUGUAGCUCUCACCUCACUGUGGUUUCUCUCUUUUUUGGCGCCUUGAUCUUCUCUUAUAUGAGGCCCCGGUCCCAGAGCACUCCAUUUCAAGACAAAGUUGGAUCUCUAUUCUAUAGCAUCAUUACUCCUACCAUGAACCCUUUGAUUUAUACUCUGCGCAAUAAGGAUGUAGCCAAGGCUGUGAGGAGAGUGUUGGGGCGAGAUAGCAUGACUCAGUGA